GGCCAACAAUAUAUGCAUGUCUGUGCUAAAAGAGCAGAACAUUUGCAUCUUCAUAUCAUAUGAAUUAACUGAAUUUCAAAUCAUAUCAAGUUGAGUAAUACAAGAAAAGGAGCACCCAAGGAAAUUGGUCUCAUUGUACUCUUCGAUAUGUUGAGGAUUAAUCCAGCCAUCUCUUAGCGCCGGCCAUAUAUUCUUUUCUCCAGCAUCGAUCGGUCGUCCAAACACAUAGAUGAGAGCACCUUUGGAAUAUUUACCAACGGAAUCAAUGCAUCUGAUUGGCUACGCGAUACUUACAAUCGAGGAAUACUUUGUAUUAUAAUAUAUAGCAGUACAGCCUAUAUAUAGUACUGUCUUAGUGGCAUGCAUGCCAACCCUGACAGACCGAACAAACAAGCAAAGCAAUCUUUUGAGUUGUGAUAGGAGUACUCCUAGAGUUGGUGAUGGCCAGUGAGAGCAGAAUAUCACAGGUGGCUACAACGAUCCCCGUCAGGAACGUGCAGGAUCUCGCUGCUUGCGACGCCGGCGGCGAGCUAACGUCUGAGGCACUGGAGCGGUACAUCAGGCCGGACAUCGACAAGGAUGCAGUCCUUUACGAGCACUCCGGCGAGCUUCCGCUGGUUGACCUUGGAAGACUCCUCAACCCACAGCACUGGGAAGAGGAGGCCGCCAAGCUCAGAUAUGCUUGUGAGGAGUGGGGCUUCUUUCAGGUUUUGAGUCAUGGAGUUCCAGAAGGGGUUAUGCUGAACGUAAAGCGCGAUAUUCAGGAGUUCUUUCAGCUACCGCUAGAUGUGAAGAAUGCUUACGCACAAACCCCAGGAGAUCUUCAAGGAUAUGGUCAAGCAUAUGUUGUUUCCAACGAUCAGAAGCUUGACUGGGCAGACAUGUUUGUAAUCAUUACUCAGCCUCCUCCGGCUCGUGACAUGAAACAUUGGCCUACUGAACCUCUUACUUUCAGGAAAUCCCUUGAAGAUUACUGUGAUGAAUUGAAGAAAGUAGCCCAUUCCAUCGUAGAAGCCAUAGCAAAAAUUCUAAAUAUUGAUCCAAAACUGACAAGUGACAAAUAUGCCGUGCAAGUUCUAAGGAUGAAUUACUACCCUCCGUGCAUGUCGAUGCCCGAAAAGGUUUUGGGAUUCUCGCCUCAUUCAGAUGGAUCUUUUCUUACUAUCCUUUUACAAGUUAAUUCAGUCGAAGGCCUCCAAAUAAAAAGGCAUGAUGCAUGGAUCCCAGUGAAACCACACCCAGAAGCAUUAUUGGUGAAUGUUGGAGAUUUCCUUGAGAUUAUGACCAACGGAAAGUUCAAGAGUAUUGAGCAUAGGGUCAUCAUUAAUCCUCGUAAGGAACGAUUAUCGGUUUCUGCAUUCCACAAUCCAAAGUUUGAUGGGGUGGUUUCACCUGUUACGGGCACUCCAACAGAAAAGCUUUUGUACAGUACAGUGAAGGUGGAAGAUUACAUUACGCAUCACUUGUCAAACAAACUAGAUGGAAAGCGAGCCUUGGAUCAUGUGAAGAUGUUCUAG